GCAUGUGGCAUGCAUGUGGCAUGCUGAAGACACAGACGUGGACGAGCUUUCAAAGAGCUUUCUUCCCGUGCAUGCUGUGUAGACGCAGGGUGCGGAUGCGGGCCGCUCGUAGAUAAUCAAGAACACCAAGGUUGUGGGCUGUUCUCGGUGAUGAGUGCCACAGCAUCUGCGUCCUGGCUCGCCCGACGUUGCGGUCGCAUGACCACCGUAACAUGGUCAUGUUGCUGUCGGCAAGCCUUCCUGGCCCGCCCUUUGCGAAGAUGGGACAGCCACGACACCACAGUGCGAUGGCUCACCUCGUCCGUCAGCCGCCGACAAUUUGCUGCCCUUCAAGAGCACGAAGAACAGGUCGAACAUGCUGAGCAUCUCGACGUUCCUGCGCCAUCGGCACCGAGCCUCUUGACUAACACAGACUCAAUUAAUGAUAAACCGACAUUGAAAGACCUCUGGAAAAUCAAGCCGAGGAUCCGUUCAGAAGAAUCCAUCCGACACAUGUCUCUAGAUGGUCAGAUGCGGUAUCGUCAGAAGGUCUGGACCACAGCUCUCAAAAGUAUCCAGAGCAGCUUCACUGUAGCUCAGCUACGGUCCAUGGCGGUCGAGGCGAACUUGAAAGGUCCAAAAAGCACGCUCAAGAAGGCCGAAAUAGCACAAAGGAUUGUCAAAGAAGUGUGGAAGAUCCAGGACCCAGAGGAAGCAAAGGCUGCACAUGCGCGUGAAGAGGCCGAGGUCUCUGACUCGGAGAUUGAGAUCGAUCUCUCCUGGCUCGAAGGAGCGUUGUUCAGGAUGCACAGCAGCGCUCAAAAAGAAAUUGAGGGGAAGUACCGAGUCUCGAUGAGGUUACUCGAGGCGGAAGUCACCCAAGUACAGGUGAAAGGCUCGGAACAAGCUGUGACGGCUGCGGCGCAGGAAGUUGACGCUCUAUGUCAGAGUUUGACGGGGACACGUGUGAUUCUCGACCUAUCCCGAGCAACAAAAGCAUCAACGGCCACGGACAUCCCCACUUCUGUUUUAGGCGCAGUCAUGGUAAAGUCACUCUGCCUCGCGCUACCGCAGUCCGCCGAACUCUCAGAGAGCACGACAUCAGAGGACCCGGGGGAGGUCCCACUUCGGUACGAGCUGACUGGGAGAAGCGAAGCCGCUUGCAGUCAUGCUGCGGCUCUCCUCCGGUCCUACUUACUCGAUGUGGCCAUAUCACCCACCAGUUCCGCUUUCUUCUCCGCCGCCACCGUCGAGGCCGUUGGCUCUGAUCAGCCAGUGCAAUAUCAUCUCUCUCCCACUACAAUACCAUCAGCAGCGCCAUGGACUAAUAGCCUUCUUCUCGCCUCCUCUUUUAGCCAAGGUCACCGCAACCCUCAUAACCUGGCCAGACCAGCGACGUCACCGAAAGGCAAUGGCACGGAUGCACUUUCGCACGCAAGGAUCGUUCGCAGCCGGAACCGUGUGGAGGAGAUGACGCCAGUCACCUGGGAGCGGACCGCCAAGCCGCCUUCACGUCUCUGGUCACCGUCCGCCGAGGGCACCCUAUCGAAUCUAUUUGACACUCAAGAGGCGGAGACGCUGUGGCCGCCAAAUGCUCAUCCAGAGUGGGCGCGUGGCGGCAAGUACACAGCCACGUUUGGACACUUGCUGCACAGCCUUCCAGAGGACUCUGCGAUUGGCUUUGGGCAAUCUAAAUUGCUGCCAGAAUUGGUAUCGCACCUGCCUAUACAAGACCGCGUCUUUGUGCCGAUGACGCCUCCAUUGAUGACCGGACAGACGGCGCAAUUCGACAGCUUGGUCGUCAACCGGUGGAAUCAGCUCGAAGAUCUCAUCCGAUUGGUGUACGUCACUGAAGAUGGCUCACGAAGACUCAUUGUGGAAUUUGAGAAGCAGGAUGUCGAGCAGGAGCAGCGGCAGGGUAGCCUUUCCAAAGCUCUGAAUGAAGAGAGCCAGACAAAGUCGAACUUGAUGGAUUCACUUUCAGAUGUGUUCGGUACAUCCAGACAGGAGCCUCGCUGGCAGCUCAAAGUGGCGCACUGGGAGGCGAGCGAGGUGGUAGACGUCCUUGCGCCUGAAGGCUCUGUCGAUGUGCGCUGUACCCGACAAUGGCAGGAGGAAGCCGACGUCGAUGCAGCAUGGUUUGACAAUUUCCUACAAGCUUUUGGAGAGCAGGAGGCGUCCAAUGCGCGAGCCGGCGUCCUUCUGCCGACCCCUUCCUCCGAAGAGAGGAUGCGCAGGGACCGACCUCCCGGCACCGCAGCUCCAGCUCCAACAAUAGCUUCGCCUCCUUGCGUCCUCUCCGCCACCUUUGAGGACAGCGCCGGCGCCACGGCUGCUGCAUCACGAGAGGGAGAACGAGAAGAAAUGAAGCUGCUCUCGUAUGCGCGGGUUCUGCGAAAGACCUGGCGCUUGCUGCCGGACAAGUCCAUAUCGCCCGAGCUGGACGCGCGGCAGUUUGGCUUCAUCCCCGCCGAGUUGCCGGCAGGAGCCGAGGUUGACGUGGUCGACCGCGUCACGGACGAUCGGUACGAGCGCUUCGCGGUGCGGGAGCAGAUCGUCGAGCCUGGCGAGCUGCAUGCGCGGGUCGAGACGCGGCUCGAAUGGCAUCCCAUCAAGAGCGAUGUCGAGGCCGAGGGCGAGAACGGAGCAGCCGACUCUGCGUCUGGAACUUCCCCUACCUCUGACGGGCCUCUGACAUGGCUGAUGAUGCGCAAAGCGCUGGACAACUGGCUGGAGAGCAAGUACAGCAAUCUGUUCGAGGGGCGCGGUAACCGGUAGUAGGAAUUGUGGAAGCGGCAUAAUAUGUCUUUUUUGUCUUUUCAAGAGCGAGCUACUUUUAUAGAAUGAUUACCCUUGUGACGCUACACAAUGACAUCUUCAC